ACUGCUUUUAAUGGCAUGUGGCUUGUAACUUUACUUCUGCUGUAUUCUUUGCAAGAAGUCAACGGUGAGGAUGUUGCCUCUACGCGGCUGUACUUUGUGAACGCCUCCCUGCAGCGGGUGACCUUCUCCAGCUCGGUGGGGGUGUUCCUGCCCUGCCCCGCGGGCGGCGCCCCCCACGCCGUCCUGCGCUGGUACCUGGCCGCCGGAGACGACAUUUACGACGUGCCCCACAUCCGCCACGUGCACGCCAACGGAACCCUGCAGCUCUACCCGUUCUCGCCCUCCGCCUACAACAGCAUCAUCCACGACAACGAGUACUUCUGCACCGCCGAGAACCAGGCGGGCAAGAUCCGGAGCCCCAGCAUCCACAUCAAAGCAGUGUUCAGGGAGCCCUACACCGUCCGCGUGGCCGACCAGCGCUCCAUGCGGGGUAAUGUUGCCGUGUUCAAGUGCCUCAUCCACUCCGCCGUCCAGGAGUACGUCAGCGUGGUCUCUUGGGAGAAAGACACAGUCUCCAUCGUCACAGGUAACCGCUUUUUCCUGACCACAUUUGGCACUCUGUACAUCUCAGAAGUGCAGAAGGAAGACGCUCUGUCCACCUACCGCUGCAUCACGAAGCACAAGUACAGCGGAGAGACUCGCCAGAGCAAUGGAGCCCGGCUCUCUGUUAUGGACCCUAUGGAGUCCACCCCGUCAAUGCUGGACAGUUUCCAAUCCGGUGAGGUACAGGUGGGGCUCGUCGUGGAGUUUCCCUGCAUCGCUUCCGGAUACCCAAACCCCACCAUCCGAUGGCUGAAGGAUGGUCGGCCAUUACCUGCAGACUCCCGCUGGACGCGGCGCACCUCCGGCCUCACCAUUUCAGAUUUGAGGCUCGAGGACAGCGGCAACUACAUCUGUGAGGUCACCAACAGUUUUGGCUCCAAAGAGGUGACGGGUCACCUCAACGUCAUAGAGCCACUACGGGUCACGUUGUCCCCCAAGAACCUGAAGACGGGGAUCAGCAGCACAGUCAUCCUAUCCUGCGCCGUCCAAGGUUCCCCGCAUUUUAUCGUGUCCUGGUACCGUAACACGGUAUCCGUGAUACCCGAUCAGCAUUUUUCCAUCCAGGGGGCUCACAAUGAGACAUUGUUCAUUUCCGCCGCACAAAAGAGACACUCGGGAGCUUACCAGUGCUUCGCCAUGCGCAAAGACCAGACGGCCCAGGACUUCUCCAUCAUCCUGCUGGAAGACGGUACCCCCCGCAUCGUCGCCUCCUUCAGCGAGAAGGUGGUGCUGCCGGGCGAACCCUUUUCCCUGAUGUGCGCCGCCAAAGGAGCGCCUCCCCCCACCCUCACCUGGACCCUGGACGACGAGCCCGUCGCCCGGGACCUGUCGCGCGUCCGGACCAGCCAGUACACGCUGUCGGACGGCAGCGCCAUGAGCCACGUCAACAUCAGCAGCCCGCAGAUCCGCGACGGAGGCGUGUAUCGGUGCGCCGCACGAAACUCGGCCGGUAGUGCCGAGUACCAAGCGCGCAUAAACGUAAGAGGUCCUCCGAGGAUUCGACCCAUGAAGAACAUCACUGCGGUGGCGGGGAGGAACUCGUUCAUAAGCUGCCGUGUGAUUGGCUACCCUUAUUACUCAAUCAACUGGUACAAGGAGGGUCUCCUGCUGCCUGACAACCAUCGCCAGGUGGUGUAUGAAAAUGGGACUCUGAAGCUCAGCGACGUCCAGAAGGUUCUGGACGAGGGCGCCUACGUCUGCAGCGUGCUCAUCCAGCCACAGCUGUUCAUCACUCAGACCGUCUAUAUUUCUGUCAAAGUCCCUCCACUGAUCCAGCCGUUUGACUUCCCGCCGACGUCCAUCGGCAAGUUGAUGUACAUCGCCUGCGUGGUGUCGUCCGGCGACAUGCCCAUACACAUCACGUGGCGCAAGGACGGCCAGGAGAUCGUCGCCUCGUCCGGCAUCACCAUCGACACCAAGGAGUUCAUGUGCUCCCUCCAGAUCUCCAAGGUGUCGCUCAAACACAACGGCAACUACACGUGCAUCGCCAGCAACGACGCCGCCACGGUCAGCACGGAGCGGCAGCUCACUGUCACGGUGCCUCCUCGGUUCAUGGUUCAGCCCAAUAAUCAGGAUGGGAUCUACGGGAAGGCCGGGAUCCUAAACUGUUCAGUCGACGGAUACCCUCCUCCAAAAGUCCUGUGGAAGCAUGCCAGAACGGGCAUCGGGAGCCCACAGCAGUACCACCCUGUGCCUUUGACGGGCCGGAUCCAGAUCAUGAACAACGGCUCUCUGCUCAUCAGACACGUGCUGGAGGAAGAUCGCGGCUUCUACCUCUGUCAGGCCUCCAAUGGCGUCGGCUCGGACAUCAGCAAGAGCAUGGUGCUCACCGUUAAGAUCCCGGCUAUGAUCACCAGUCACCCCAACACCACCAUGGCGAAGAAGGGUCACUUGAAGGAGCUGAACUGCACGGCCAGGGGAGAGUGGCCCAUCAUCAUCCGCUGGGAGAAAGGAGACACAGUAAUUGACCCCGACCGCAACCCCCGGUACUCCAUUCUCACCAGUCCCAAUGAGAAGACCGACGAGGUGUUGUCUACUCUCAAGCUGAAGCCAGCAGAGCGUGAGGAUUCGGUCUUCUUCUCCUGCCACGCCAUUAACUCUUAUGGAGAGGGGCGUGGCCUCAUCCAGCUCACUGUGCAAGAGCCCCCGGACCCUCCGGAGUUGGAGGUGCGUGAGGUCAAAGAUCGCAGCAUGAAUCUCAGGUGGACGCAGAGAUUUGAUGGAAACAGCGUCAUCACCUGCUAUGAUAUCGAGUAUAAGAACAAGACGGAUACCUGGGAGCUGAAGCACGCCACUCGAAACAUCUCCCCCAGCAACAACCAGGCGAACAUCGUGGACCUCCACCCGGCCUCCGUCUACAGCAUCCGCAUGUUCUCCUACAAUGUGAUCGGCAAGAGCGAGGCCAGUAAGGAGCUCACCAUCAGCACGGAGGAAGCACAGCCGGACGGUCCUCCCAUGGAGGUGAUCCUACAGCCGGUCACCUCUCAAAGUAUCAGGGUCACCUGGAAGGCUCCCAGGAGAGAGCUGCAGAACGGGGUCAUCCGGGGUUACCAGAUCGGUUACCGAGAGACCGGCCCGGCCAGCAACGGCCAGUACAGCAUCGUGGAGAUGAAGGCCACCGGAGACAGCGAGGUCUACACCCUGGACAACCUGAAGAAGUUUGCCCAGUACGGCGUGGUGGUCCAGGCCUUCAACAGAGCCGGCACCGGGCCCUCGAGCUCGGAGAUCAAUGCGACCACGCUGGAAGAUGUGCCCAGCCAGCCUCCUCAGAACAUUCGAGCCAUUUCCGUAACAUCGGACGAGGCGGUGAUCACGUGGGCGGAGCCUCCCCGGAUGACGCUGCACGGCGUCCUGAAGGGCUAUCGCGUCGUCUUCUGGACUGUGUUUCCGGACGAAGGUGUGUGUUGCACACUUUCGUGUCCCUUUUUUUCAGAAUGGGGGGAAAUGCAAAACAUCACCACCACCAAGGAGCAGGUGGAGCUCCGAGGCCUGGAGAAGUUCACCAACUACAGCAUCCAGAUCCUGGCCUACACCCAGGCCGGAGACGGCGUCCGGAGCAAAGUCCUGUACAUCCAAACCCGCGAAGACUAUCCCGGACCCCCAGCUGCCAUCAAAACUAUGCCCUCCUCUGCCAGCAGUGUGGUGGUGUCCUGGUUACCUCCUCACAAGCCAAAUGGAAUCAUCCGCAAAUACACCAUCUACUGCUCCAGCCCCGGCUCCGGCCAACCGCUGCCCAGUGAGUACGAAGCCAACCCGGAGCUGCUUUUCUACAGAAUCACUCACCUCAACCACCGGCAGCAGUACCUGAUCUGGGCCGCGGCCGUCACCACGGCGGGCCGCGGGAACUUCAGCGACAAGGUCACGGUGGCGCCCGCAGCCAAGGGUGGGUCCCUCAACACGCCGAUUCAUCGCGAGAGGCUCACGCUAGAGCGCUCGGGUGCCGAGUCGACGGCGUUCCGAGAGAGCUCGGCGAAAUCUGAUCGAUGUUACGAAGAGUCGGCAUCAGUUGGGUCUGAAGACUACGAGCGCAAAUACAAUCUGGGUGUGUGGAGAAGGAAGUGA